AUGGCGCUGAAGCUCAACGAGGCGUACGACACGCUCAUGGACAACAUGCGCCGCGCGUCGUACAAAAAGGAGUGGCGCGACGCGGCCGUGGCGGAGUACGUGGGGUUCACGGGGCAGCCGCGCAGCGCGUGGGCGGCGCCGGAGGGGCAGCAGCAGGCGAUCUUCGUCGACGAGGCGGCUUGCAUCGGUGGUGCGUUGAUUUGCUUCCUCAUCACCGCUCUUCCCACUCCCACCCCCGCGCCCUCCCAUCCCCUACUCUCGCUAGGCUGCCGCGAGUGCGUGUUCGCCGCCAGUCGCACGUUCCACUUCGACGCCGAGGCGGCUGUGGCGCGCGUGCACACACAGUGGGGCGACACGCUGCCCGCCGUCCAAUCAGCCAUCGACAGCUGCCCCGUCAGCUGCAUCCACACGGUGACACGUGGCGACCUGCCCAUCCUCGAGUUCCUCGUGCAGGUCUCAUCUGAACCCACCCAACCCAAAUCCUCCCCUCCUCUACUCCCUUUUCACUCCCUUUCGUACACAUUUGACUCGUGCAGGUCUCAUCUGAACCCACUCAACCCAAGUUCUCCUCUACUCCCUUUUCACUCCCGUUUCACUCCUUUUCGUACACAUUUGACAUCUAUUUGA